CAUUUUUUUGGUAGGGUAAAGUUCUAGCAUUGCGAGCAAGGUUUUGGGAUUUGGCGAUCUCGCGAGGAGGGGGAGAAUGUCGGACUUCGAUGUGAAGAUCGACUAUGUGUUCAAGGUAGUACUGAUUGGCGACUCCGCGGUGGGCAAAUCCCAGCUGCUGUCGAGAUUCGCGCGCGACGAGUUCACCCUCGAGUCCAAAUCCACAAUUGGCGUCGAGUUCCAGACCCGCACCAUUUCGGUCGACGGCAAGACUAUCAAGGCGCAGAUCUGGGACACGGCCGGCCAGGAGAGGUACCGGGCGGUGACGAGCGCUUACUACCGCGGCGCGGUGGGCGCCAUGCUCGUCUACGACAUCACGAGAAAGCAAACCUUCGAGCACGUAGCGCGGUGGCUGGAAGAACUUCGCAACCACGCGGACAACAACGUGGUGAUCAUGAUGGUGGGAAACAAAUCCGACCUGAGCAACAGCCGCGCCAUGUCCGUGGAGGAGGGCCGGGAGUUUAGCGAGAAGGAGGGGCUCUACUUCAUGGAGACGUCGGCGCUCGACUCCACCAACGUAGAGACGGCCUUCACGACGGUGCUGACCGAGAUCUACAAGAUCGUGAGCAAGAAGAGCCUGGCCGCCGACGAUCCAAACGGGGGACUGGCCAAUGUGAUGCCACCCGUGCCAUCGGGCAACAAAAUCCUCCUAGAUGACGAGCUCACGGCAGUGAAGAAGAGGGCGUGCUGUAGUACGUGAGAUCACCCAGCUCGCACUCAUCACUUGCCACGAUUCUUCUAUAUAUACAUUAGUAAGCUUUUAAAAUUUUGCAAUUUUUUUCGGUUAAACAUUUGCACUAUUAAAAUAUAUAUAAAAUAUUGAUUUAAA